AUGCAAACUGCAGGCAGUUCGUCUUUUGACCCGCUGUCCGUGGGUCCGUCCCCAGCAGAUUUGCGCGUUCAUGUACUGGCUAAAAUAGCUUCUCGCUAUACUCAGCUGAUGCAGGACUCCGUGUCUAUACAAACUGCAGGCAGUUCGUCUUUUGACCCGCUGUCCGUGGGUCCGCCCCAGCAGAUUU